CUCGCUAAGUGUUUCCCUUGAUGUGAAAUCGCCAUAAGUGAAUGUCACGCCGCCCCCUUCUAAUCUCAUUAUCGGCGUGCUCUUUCAAGCAACGUCCUUGCAAGGACCAAAAGAUCAUCGACAGCGGGAGCGGCGAUCCUCGGAUGUCAACAUCCUCCUGUUGGAUCUUGGAGCACACUCCCCUCCACGGACCAGACACGCCGUCGUCAUAGUAACGACGCGGUGAAAAUUCGCGGUCGUCGCCGCCGCCGACACGAGAUUCCCGUGUGCUGCGCUCGGACGCUUGUUACGUUGUGCCCGCUCUCCAGUGAAACUCAAGGGUGGAUUGGAGUUGCGAUGGGAUCUUAAACCAACAAGGAAAAGGGCUGCGUGCCCUUUUACAAACAAAAUGAAUGGCUUACCACCGCUGGGAAGAGAGCAGAAUGUUUGUCUACCAAUUAGUCCGGCAACAACUCCCGGAGCAUCAUCAACAGUUGAUGACGAGCACCUUUUGGUUCCAUUGCCCAUCCAACGCAGAAAUCGUAAAAAAUGGAAAGACUUCACUAAAAAAUGGAAAAUACCUUUAAAAGAUUUUCCAUGGCCCAUUUUAACCACCAGUAUUUUACAGAUCCUUUUUCAUGUAAUUUCAAAUGAAGAUUUCCGAAAACAGUUACGAUUUGAACCGAAAAAACAGACUGAAGUGUGGAGAUUUGUCACCUACAUGCUGGUUCACGACGACUGGUAUCACUUGAUAUUUAACAUACUCAUGCAGUGCCUUUUCGCCACCUUUUUGGAAAGAAGACAAGGUCGAUUGUCAGUGAUGUCCGUGUACGUUGUCGGAGGAAUGACUGGGGUGCUUGGAGCGUCCUGCGUCCAUCCAGAUCUUGUAAUUGGAGCUUCCGCUGGAGUAUAUGCCUUGCUUAUGUCCAAUUUGGCUGAUAUUAUGUUGAAUUUGGAAACUAUAAAAUAUAAAUUUAUUAGAAUUGUUUACAUAGUCAUAAUAGUAGUUUCCGAUAUCAUCUACAAUGUGAUACAUUUUUAUUCAAAAGAUGAACCUUUGAUAUCAUGGGGAGCACACAUUGUCGGAGGCAUAACAGGUGUACUGGUGGGACUGAUCCUCUUUAAACGUAACAAAGAGGAAGACGAACGGCUUAAGCGACGCAACAGAAUAUUCUUUUGGUGUGGGGUAAUUUUGUAUUGUUUCCUGUUUCUCUUUCUAAUUCUUCUCUCUAUACAAAUUAAAAAAUGUACCCCAAAAAAUACUUAUCAAAAAUAUGUAUAUUUCUGUUAAAGAUGACAUGUUACAUUAUUUCCUUGAAAGACUGACUAGAUCAAAAUGUUAUCUUAAACGAAUACAAGAACGAAGUUGAUCUCAACUAAAAUUCGAUAAAUGAAUUGAAUAAACCUAUUGUUGCUAUUGUAGUACAUGACUCGACAAUCAGGUAAAUUACAACUUUGCCAAUCAAUUAAUGAAAGAGCAAAACGUAAUUUAGAAAUAUUGUGUUCUAAAACCAAAUACUAUAUAGAAUUUAGACAUAGGUACAUUUUUUUAUUAACUAUAUACUUAAAUGUCAUUGUUUUAAUUGUUUUGUUUAGAAAUUUUAUGCAAUUAUGUUAUUACAUUGAUGAAACUUACUCAGGAAAUUUUGGCCAAUAAUGUGUAGUAAUGUGAUGCCAAUUAUUUCUUUACUUGGGAAUAAAAAUGUGA